CCUUUCCGGUAACAGUGAAGCGCAGCGAGCGGCAGCUGGGAUGACUUCCCCAAUUCGCCAGACGGUCUAAGAAUACUGCGUCAUAUCCACCAAUCUGUCUUCAAGCAUCAAGCCACAAGCACUUCGUCUAAUCGCGCAACAGACGAUGCCAAUGGACGCGUAGAUAUGCUGCUUGGAUGCACUAUCUUAGUAUGUGGGCGGGGUACUGAUUGACGGCAUUGACAGCAUAAGUACCACUUUCCACUCAUGCCCAUCCUUUAGAAAUUUGCAUCUCAGUACUCUUUUCGUUACAACAAUACUUUUCAUAAUCAAAAAAUGGCCGACACAUUUGCAGCCAAUUCCGACAUCACCCCAGAAAAGCUUACUAUCAUGAAGCUCAAGGCUAGUGGAAUCCGAGAUGUCUUCUCUGAGCCUUCCUCACCUACAGGCAACCGAUCCUUCUCAUUCGGAAACCAUGCCAAUGGUGCAAGUCACAGCUCAUCCUUGACACGCCGUUCCACUCGGCAGACAAGCUCAUCUUCACGCCGAGCAAGCAGCUUCCUCCAGUCACAUCGGAGCAAGAUGUCUACAGAGCUCACAUCGCAAGCCGAGGGCAAGUUCUUCGCUUUGAUGGAUCUCAUGUCUACUGCAUCCCGAGAGGCUUCUUCGCUAAAGGAGUCAUGGUCUCGUAUCAUGGCUGAGCGGGACAGUCUCGUUCGGGAGAGGGAUGAGCUUCUCAUCACGGUUGAGGAAGUGACUGAAGAGAUUCAGCGCAAGGAAGCUGAGCACUCGCACCACGGCCACGAGCACGGCGAGAGGAAGAGACAGGUGGAGAAGCUCAUACUUGAGCUCACUGCUGCACUUACUCAAGUGACCGACCACAAGAAGAAGCUCGCUGAUCGGGACCGUGACCUUGAGAGCACCCGUCAUGAGCUACAUGAGCUUCAAAGCUCUGUUACUCUCACCCAUGGUGAACACGAAAGGACCAGGUCUGAGCUAGAAGCUGCCUACUCCAGGUUGAAGAUCUGUGAAGGCGAGCGUGACUCCGCUCGAUUCGACUCCGAAAAGCAUCACAGCGAGCUUAGGACGCUCCUCCGUGAGCACACUGAGCUCAAGAGCAAGUACAGCGAGACUACCUCCAAGUUCGAAUCUACUCGCAAGGAGGUGCUCACCCUUACCGAUCGCAUCAAGAUGUUCGAGCUUGAGAGGGACGAGCAUCUCCAUGAGAAGGAUCGUCUUCACGAGGAGCUGAAGCGUGCGAAGUUCAGAGUUGACGAGACUACUCGCGAGUACACUGAACUGACGGAGCGACACGAUCGUGUACAACGCGAGCUCCACAAGCUUAAGGAGGUCGUCCGGGUUAUCGAAACGGAGCGAGAUGAUCAUGCCCUUACCAUUGACGGCCUCCGCCGUGAGGUCAAGGCCAAAAUCCUUGGCUGGGAAGAGUCCGAUGCCCGUGCCAACGAGUUUUCACUCAAGUAUGAACACAUCAAGCGUGAAGUAGUUUCAGUCAAGGAGAAGUUGAGAGACCUUGAGCUCGAACGCACUGAGCUUCGGGAUGCCAUCGACCGCUCCCGUGAGGACCAUCGCCUUGUUGUUAUCGAGCGGGACCAGCUGAAGGAAGACCUUCACGACCAGCACCGCAAGGUCGAGGACGGUCACCGCCGUAUCAACACCUUGGAGGAAUCCCUCCGUCGCGCCGAGUUGACUAUCACUGAGAUCAGAUCCGAGAUUCACACUCUUACCGAGCGUAACAAGGUCCUUUACCGUGAGGGCGAGGACUCACGUGGCAAACACGGCCACCUCACCGGCGAGAUCAACAGUCUCCAGGAAAAGCUAGUCAUCUUCCAAACUGAGAUCACCAACCUCAAGUACGCUCGCGACCGCGCUCACUCUGACCUCAACGCGUGGAAACACAAGUACGAGGAGAUUACCGAGACUAUCUCCACAUACGACGACUCUUCCGCCGAAUUCGAGUUUGAGAUCACUUCUCUUCGCACUCUGCUCAAUGAAGCUCGCGAACAAAAGGAACGUGCCAUCUCGGCUCGUCACGCUGCCGACCGUGAGCGCGACGAGUACAUGGCCAAGUACGAAGAGAAGUGCCGCGAAAUGGAACGCUUCGAAGAGUCUGCCAGCAGCGUGUACCAUGCGAGCAGCGGUGGAGCUCGUGGCGGCGCAAAGUCGAUGACCUCCAGGGUAGUGUCGAGUGGAACUACGAUCCACAACCAUGGUGCAUCAGGUGGACACAGCCAUGGUCAUGGUCAUGAGCAUACUGAGGGGAAUUCUAUCUUCUCCCAUUAGCUGCUGUGAAGUUGAGCGACUGGGGUUCUGUUGCUGGACGGGCUGGCGCAUGAGGAGCGAAGAGAUUAGGAAACGGAAGAGCAUUUUUGAGACGAGCAGGCCGGGUACGGCGGAGACAGUGAAAAACGGAUGACUGUUGAUCGUUAGCGGUGGCUAAAAAAGUUCGUGCUGGGAACACGGUAGUAAUGAUGUUUACAUAUGACUAUUACCUUUUGAGUUGCAUGCAAAAUCUGCCUUGGAGGUAGGCACAUGAUUUUACAUUGAUGGUCUGAUACAGCGUGUAUUGAUGUCUCUUCUAGAGCACAUAACAACCGUCAACUUCGUAGUAGAGACUUGACUAGUGAUAGUAGGAAACCAGACCGGAAAUAUCACUCAUUAGGUAAUAUGUGGCCUGUUCAGCCUAUUAGUAACCACUCAAACGACUGGAAACA